UUCGAACCUUCAAGUUCAACUGAGAAUUCUUGUUAUUCCUUCUUUAAAUUUGGAGCUCGGCAGUCAACCGGAGCACCUUCUCGACGGUUCAACUCCGGGAAAAAUUUUCAGAGAGCGCGUUCGAACAUGGCGAUCGAGGCUUGGUUUAUGGAUGAUAGCAAUGAGGACCAAAGGCUUCCUCACCACCGCGACCCUAAAGAGUUCGUUUCCAUGAAGCAAUUGGCAGAAUUGGGAGUGCUGUACUGGAAAUUGAACCCUAACAACUAUGAAAACGAUGAGGAAUUGAAGAAAAUCAGAGAAGACAGGGGAUACAACUACGUGGAUUUACUUGAUAUAUGCCCGGAGAAACUUGCUAAUUACGAAGGGAAGUUGAAGGAUUUCUACACAGAGCAUAUUCAUGGCGAUGAGGAAAUUCGCUACUGUUUGGAUGGAAGUGGCUACUUCGACGUGCGGGACAAGAACGACCGUUGGAUUCGAAUCUGGAUCAAGCCCGGCGAUCUUAUCGUUUUGCCUGCCGGUAUCUACCACCGUUUCACUCUGGACACCAAUAAUUAUGCCAAGUUGAUGAGGCUGUUCCAGGGAGAGCCAAUUUGGACUCCGUUUAACCGGCCACAAGAGCAGCAUCCUGCAAGGAAAGAAUACCUCAAGACCUUCACUGAGACAGCUGGAGUGGCACUUGAGGCUCAUUAAAGACUUAUGUGUUCUACUGUUUCUAUGGCAAUUAACACGAAGUUAUGGGGUUUGUACUGUUGGGUAUAUAUGGCUUAGAUUAAAUACUGUAUAAAUUUUGCAACUGCUGUUAAAACUUGGUUUAAUAAACGUAUGAACUUUAUAUUUAUGAAUUGAUCGUCUCAAAAGAAUUGUAGUUUGAAUAACUUUGGAAAA